ACCUCCCCCCCUCACUCUGCCUCUCUCUCAUCCGCUAGCUGAGGGACCGAAACAGCCUGCGAGAGAAACCGCGAGGAGGGGAGAGGAAACGGAGCGACGGAGAUGGCGAGCAUCAACAUGGGGCUGAGACCGCUGCUGCUGCCGGGGCUCGCGUGCGUCCUCCUGGUCGUCCUAACGCCUCAUGUCCAAUGUCUAAAUGGCGACGAGGACCAGAGCCAGGACACCGAGUGUAAGAUGAAGAGCGUAACCGUGUCGGCGUUGCCGUUUUUGAGGGAAAACGACCUAAACAUCAUGCACAGUCCGUCGGCCUCCGAGCCCAAGCUGCUGUUCUCCGUUCGAAACGAUUUUCCCGGAGACGUCGUGGUGGUGGACGACCUGGAAAACACCGAGCUCCCUUUUUUCGUCUUAGAGAUCUCUGGGAAUUCAGAGGACAUCCCUCUGGUGCGCUGGAAGCAGCAGUGGCUGGAGAAUGGCACUCUGCUCUUCCACAUCCACCACCAGGACGGCAGCAUGAACCCCCCGGAGCCGACCGAAGACCCGGCCAACGAUUCGGCGAAGGAGGAGCUCCGCAUCCUGCACAUCUCUGUCAUGGGCGGGAUGAUCGCCCUUCUGCUGUCCAUCCUGUGCUUGGUCCUGAUCCUCUACACCCGCAGGCGCUGGUGUAAACGCCGUCGCAUCCCUCAGCCCCAGAAGAGCGCCAGCGCUGAGGCGGCUAAUGAGAUCCACUACAUCCCCUCCGUGCUGAUGGGAGGCCAGGCCCGGGAGAGCUUGAGGAACUCUCGGGUAGGGCCGAACUCCAGCGGUACCCUCAGCAUCCGGGAGACACCGAUUUUGGAUGGGUAUGAGUACGACAUCACAGACCUGCGUCACCAUCUGCAGCGGGAGUGUAUGAACGGUGGCGAGGAGUUUGCCAGCCAAGUCACCCGUACCCUGGACUCCCUCCAGGGCUGUAAUGACAAGAAUAAUAUGGACCUCACACCUGUGAGUGACAACACCAAGCUGGCCCUAAUGAACAAAUACAAGGACAACAUCAUCGCCACAAGUCCAAUCGACAGCAACCACCAGCAGAACACCCUGCUUCCACACAACACCUCCACCAGCCAACGUAAACGUCUCUCCAGCAACACCCGUGCGGGUUCAACUUUCUUGAACCCAGACGGGGACUCUGGAACGGAGGCAGACAGCGAGCCUCAGCUGGCCUUUUACACCGACCCAAACCGCAGUCGCCGCCGGAGUCGAGGUAUGAGAAAUGGUAACGCCAACAGCGCGUGGGGCUCAGGGGCAGCAGGUUCCCCCCGCAGCCCCAUCAAUAAGACCACCCUGACUCUGAUCAGUGUCAUCAGCUGCGUGAUCGGCCUGGUUUACUCCUCUCACCUGUCCUGCACCCUCGCCGUCCGGGUAAUCCUACAUGUGCCGGAGCACCUCAUCGCUGACGGAUCAAGGUAUAUUUUGCUGCAGGGGAGCCAGUUGGACGCCUCAGACUGGCUGAACCCAGCCCAGAUCUUGUUGUACUACCAGCAGAACGCCAGCGGGCCGUGGGUCAACGAGCUGUGUGGACGACGCCUCCUGGAUCCCUGUGAGCACCAGUGUGAUCCGGAAACAGGAGAAUGCCUUUGCCUCGACGGCUACAUGAAAGACCCGGUCCACAAGCACCUCUGCAUCCGCAGUGAGUGGGGGCCCAAUCAGGGUCCCUGGCCUUACACCAUAUUUCAGCGCGGUUUUGAUCUUGUGAUGGGAGAACAGCCCUCUGAUCGCAUUUUCAGAUUCACAUACACCUUAGGGGAAGGGAUGUGGCUGCCGCUGAGUAAAAGCUUUGUCAUCCCACCUGCCGAGCUCGCCAUCAACCCAUCAGCCAAGUGCAAGACGGACAUGACAGUUACGGAGGACGCGGUGGACAUUCGAGAGAAAUUGAUGAUCAGUUCAUCUUUUGACUCGUUGGAGGUUCUCCUGGACUCAUUUGGGCCCGUCAGAGACUGCACCAAAGACAACGGAGGCUGCAGCCGCAACUUCCGCUGCAUAUCUGACCGAAAGCUGGACUCCACCGGAUGUGUGUGCCCUCUGGGGUUGAGUCCUAUGAAGGAUGGGACUGGGUGCUACGACCACCACAUCGGCAUCGACUGUUCCGACGGUUUCAAUGGAGGAUGUGAGCAGCUGUGUCUCCAGCAGCUGGCGCCUCUAGAGGAUGACCCGACACUCUACAACAUCCAGAUGUUCUGUGGGUGCAUCGAGGACUACAAGCGCGGUCCAGAUGGGAGGUCAUGCCUGCCGCUGUCGGAGACCUGCACUGAGGGAAUAGACUGCGGGGAAGCAUUGGACAUCCCCGCUAACCAGACUGUGUUCGGAGACCUUUUCUAUGGAUACAACAACCACACCAAAGAGAGCACCACCGGACAGAUCCUCAAGGCCACAUUCAGGCAGAAGAACUUUGCCCGAGGCAUCGAGCAGCAGCUCCCAGAUGGCAUGGUGGUGGCAUCAGUGCCAAUGGAGGUCCAGUGCCACGAGGAGCUGUCCGACCCCGUUCCGGACCCAGAGUACCUCACAGGUAUGGUGAACUACAGCGAGGUGUCUGGCUACCCCCUUGUUCAGCACUGGAGUCUUCGUUCUGUGCAAUACCACGUCAAACUCAAUCAGUGGGUCCUCUCUCAAGCCUUUAGCUCGGCCAUUCAUUCUCUGGACGGGGCCACGCAGCGGAGCGACUUUGUCUCCAUCCUCAGGGAGUUUGGGAACCAUUAUGUGCAGGAGGCAGUGUACGGCUUCCAGGAGUCCUGUACCAUCUGGUACCCCAACAAACAGGUCCAGAGACAACUGUGGCUGGAGUACCAGGACAUCAGCAAAGGUAACUCGCCUUCGGAGGAGUCCGAGGAGCGUGACAAGGAGCCAAGGACCCUGACCUACCCUGCGUACAUUGCCAGUCUGCUGGACACUGGUGCCAAGCGCAUGGCUGCCGGUGUCCGUAUGGACUGCAACAGCCAAGGCCAGUGCCCGCGCUCCUGUCACCUCUGCCACAUGAGCCCGAGGGUGGUGCAAGGGCGGCAGCAGUCCGAGCCUGUCUUGCUGCAAAUCACCAAGGCCGCGCCCAUCUUUGAGCUGGUGUCCAACAAUGAGACCUACCAGGCUCUUCAUGAGGCGAUGAUGAGCAUGCUAUGGUGUUCAGGGAAAGGAGAUGUUAUCGAUGACUGGUGUCGGUGUGAUUCCAGCGCUUUUGGCACAGACGGACUGCCCACCUGCGCCCCACUUCCCCAACCUAUGCUGAAACUGUCUUACACCUACGAGCCCAGCAGCUCAUUGGUCAUCAUGGAGUGGAACCACACCGACCCACCAAUCGGCGUGCGGAUUGUUGAUUACCUUAUUAGCCAGGAGAAGGUGACAGAGAGGACCGACCACUCCAAAGUUGAGACAGAAACACUUUUGAGCUUUGUGGAUGACAUCCUGUCUGGGGCCAGGUCGCCAUGUGUGAUGUUAGGGGACAUCCCAAACCUCCUGUCCUCCUCCAUCAGCAUGAUCAUUCGCUGCCUGGAGCCUGACACCACAUACAUGUUCCGGCUGUGGGCAGUAGACAACACAGGGCGCCGUUCUAGUCCAAGUGAAGUCACUAUUAAAACUCCGUGUCCAACUGUGGAUGAUGUCAAAGCACAAGAAAUAGCGGAUAAGAUCUAUAAUCUUUUCAACGGUUACACCAGUGGGAAGGAGCAGCAGACAGCCUACAACACUCUAAUGGAUCUGGGUGCUCCGACGCUUCGCCGCGUGCUCUACCACUACAACCAGCGCUACGAGAGCUUCGGGGAAUUCACCUGGAGGUGUGAGGAUGAGCUGGGACCCAGGAAGGCCAGCCUCAUCCUGUCCCAGCUAGAUGAACUCUCCCCGUGGUGUAAGGGUCUUCUUCAGGAGCCGAAGAUUGGCCUCCGCAGGAUGUCCCUCAAGUUCCUGUCCUGCCGUUACACUGACACCAAGGCCUUUGGCCUGAACUGGUCGGACAUGGGCCAGGACGUACACAAGGCCUGUGAUGACCAGACGCUCACAGUCAUGUAUAAUGACUACGGCGAGCCCAAGGAGCUGUGAAAUGAUUAAAGGGAUGGGUGUGUACAGGAAUAUGAGAGAUUUGUCAAACCCAACAAAGAAACGCAUAAAAUGCUGGUUUUACAUUUGUUUCACUAAGCUAUUUGCAUUCAUGGUGUCAUAAGCA